UUUUUGUUAUGGUUCAGUCACACUUGGUCACGUGUGAUAAACAUGUAAUAAUAAUACCAUAGUCAGCUUAUCUUUGUUAUAGAUAACGGAUACCGUUUAUGACCGGAAAUAGCGUCGUUUCCGGCUCCAGACGCGCCAAAAUAGAAAAUGGACGCUGGUGACAGAGGCUUGUGUUUGUUUUGACAGUUCGACUCAAAGAGAAACGUCCCGGACUGUUUGGUUGUCAACUAAUGGUGGCAGAAUGACAGGACGAUCACGGCUCAUCCAUACAUUCAGAGAGUUGCUCAACUGCCUUCGACCGACUCUCUGAGUUUCUACCAGCUCCAGGACGCGGUGGCUGACCUCUGACCUGGAGGAUGAGUAAGUGGGGAGAGCGGCUGAAGAAGGUCGAGCAGCUCGCUCAGUCAUUCCAGCACAAGCCUCUUUCCGCUCCCUACAAACCUCGGCUGUGGCCGUGCCAGCCCUCGUCUGUCUGGAGGCUCUUCCCUCGUCAAUGUCUGGCCAUCGGCUUCGCUCAGAGCUGCAAGGAGGCUGUACAUGUUUUUGCACUUGAAAAAGAAAAGUCAAGUCAGGGUCAGAGGAUCUACCUGGUUACCAGUUACACUGAGCUGUGGCAUUACUACAGGACCUACCCUCAGUCGUUGAUGCACUGCUAUGAGGUGAUUCCAGAGGGCGCCGUUUGUAAGCUUUACUUUGACUUGGAGUUCCACAAGCCCUCAAACAGAGGGGCUGAUGGGAAAACUAUGGUUUCUUCUCUAAUCCAGUUUGUCUGUAACAAACUGAUGGAGGUUUACGGACUUGAAUGCUCUGUGAAGAACGUCCUUACUCUUGAGUCCAGCACCGAGGAGAAGUUCAGUCAACAUCUCAUCUUCAAUCUGCCAAACGCAGUCUUCAAAGACAACAUACAUGUUGGUCGGUUUAUCCAUGCAGCUCUUCAACCAGUCCUGAUCAAAACCAGGAAUGGAGGUUGCCUGGAUGGUGGGAUUCAUCCUGAGGCAGAAAACGGUGAAACACGAACACGUGUUGUUGCUGAGGGGAAAGCAGAAGAAAUGGAUGAUGUCGCUGAAAGUCCUCAGACCAAGAGACGGAAGCAGGAAGAGACAGACCUGAGUUUCCUCAAAGUGAAAAGCAAGGACGGCCAGGACUGUCUCUUUGUUGAUCUUGGUGUCUACACCAAGAACAGAAAUUUCCGCCUUUACAAGUCAUCAAAACUGGGAAAGAACGCUGCCUUCACUGUGGCAGACAACAACCAGUUUACUGCCCAACAGAAGAAGGGGAUCUCCUCUGAGGAGAGUGUGUUCUUGGCGUCCUUGGUCUGUAACGUGAGUUUCACAGGUCAGAGGAUUCUCUCCUGGGAUGUCCCAGAAACAAAGACAUCCACGACCCAGAGACCUGAGCAGGGAUCAGCCACUAAUCCAGAAUCACUUUCGGGUUCCCUGACGUCCCCUCACCAAGAAGUGGACAACUUUGUCUCGACCCUGGUUAGGAAGGACGGUAUUCAAGGAAGCAUCAGGCGAUGGAACUACUUUGUCGCAGAACAACUGCUCGUCUACGACAUUGUCAAAUACCGCUGGUGUGAAAAUGUGGGAACAUUUCAUAAAAGCAACAACAUAAUGAUUGUUGUGGAUCUCAAAGAGGAAGCGUGGUACCAGAAGUGUCACGACCCCGAUUGCAGGAACUUCAGAUCCUCCAGUUACCCUCUGCCACAGGAGAUCUGUGUGAGCUACAUCAUGACACUGGACGAUGAGGACCAGGCUUACUUAAUGGACGACGCUGGAAACAUUGAGCCCAGCCAGCCACCAAACCAGACCCAGCAGAGGACAGCGUGUCCACAGGAAGAACCAGCUGACUUGUGGGGAGACGGACAGGACGAGCAGGACUAUUUAAAGAGCCUGGACGACUUUGAACAAACCAGUACGGAGAUCUCUGAUCAGCUGCUGCUCAGUUGCAUGGGAGAGUUUGAUUCCCAGUAGAAGGUAACAGGUUAUAUUGCACUGGCUGUAAAGCAUCACACAUGAUGGUUUAUUCGCUGUAAUCCCUGUAAGGUUUUAUAAACAGUAAAAAAAAAAUGUUCUAAAUGUUUUAGCAGCAUAUUUGUAAGAAAAAGUUUAUAAAUAUAUUUUCUAUCAACUGUAGCUCUCCCUGUAGGCACAUAUAAGUGGAGCUGCUGUAUUUUAAGAUAGUUAAUGACCUCAUUGUCAAGUUAUAAAGUUUAAAUGGCUGACAAAUACUACACAUAAAUAAAAACAAUUACCUGUAAAGCAGGAAUUAAAUGUUUAUUUGCUGUUUUACUUAAGAUGUACAUAUGUAAUGCACGUUGUCAUUUGCAAUAAAACAGUUUCCUAGCAAUCAAAACAUCAGAAAAGAGAUCCAGUCCGACACCUGCGUUUGGAAGAAAGUUUUUAUUUGGCACAGUUGACAAAUAUAGAUACUGUACUCUUUUCCUCCAGCACAAUGUACUGUUGCCCUUUUCAGAUCAUAAGUCUUUCACAAAAACUGUAAUAUGGCUCAAUCUGUCCGUCACCGACACGAUCACAAGUGUGUUAUGAUCACAAUUCAGAAAAACACAAAGCCUUUAGUUUAACGACUGAAAUGCACAUUCCGUUGCUCACAACACUGAUGUGACCAUCAGGGAAAGUUGUUGUGAAAUGUUGACAAAGGCUUAAAAUUUAAAACACUGGGCUUUUAAUAUGAAAUGUGAUAGUGUUACCACAUAUUUCCCCUUGAAUACCUUCUUAUAAAUGCACUUUAUGUUACCUCGCAGCUAGUGGCACUGAAAUCUCCAAGGAGAAGCUAAAUGUACAAUAAUGUAACCUUCAAUAUAUUUUCUAUGCUGUCUUUAAAAGAAAACACAAACAGCCCCAAAGAGCAAAACAAACGUCUCUCCAGCGACACGCUUCCCAGUCGGCUAUUCAUUACAUUGUGCACCAGGACAGGUUCAUCAGUCCUCUAGCCUUCAGCACUGAGAAACAUGGGAAUGCAGGGAAUUAACAAUCCGGAGUAUCAGGCACGACACUGCGUACACAUUUUCAGCAGAUACGAUAUUUACAGGUUAUCGGCCUGAGCAGAUAACCAUAACAUUAAAUAGUCUGGUUUAUAAAUAGUUCAUGUUGUUGUGCUGUGUCUCAAUUCAAGUAUGGAGUGCACUGUAACGCAGCCUUCAACUGGGCUCGUGUUUUACGAAAAGAGUUCAUGUGAACACACCCCUCUGGAAUUCACAACCUCGGACCUUUCUGAAAGCUCCCAGCUCAUUAGAUGCUACACGUUUUCAAUAGAUGGUAAAUGGAUAUAUAGCUAUUUUAACAGUGACAUCAUUUCCUAACAUGUCUGAGGAAAACGCUGAUAUUCUUUCAUCAGCCUCAUCUCUUCAUUCUGUCUUUCCUCGUUACCCGUUUGCUAAUUUGCCAAGUAGCCAAACCUCUGUGGCUUCUAGUCACCCACGGUAACGUUUCUAUUAGCGUCCAUGUUGCUGUCGACCUAGCAGCCCUAUUAUCCUGACCUGAAAAAUUAAAUCACGUACACAAAUUCCUGUGUCACCGCACAUGAACCACAAGCUCAUGAGUUCCAUUUUAAGGCAGCAGAAGUACCCACAUGUUGCACACAAAAAAACAUCAACAAGUAAAAUCCUCGCCAUUUUGGCAACACAGUGAAAAGAGGGCACCACCAUUUUCAAAUUUGUGAAAAUGAGGUAUACGCAGAAGGGGCCCAUCAUGGACGCACGUGGUGGGUUUGAGUGAAGGAAAGCAUCUGAUUUGAGACACAGCAUACGUGUUUUUAAAAGCAUUUUUGUGGGGUUUUUAUCUAAUAGAAAUGUUUGUAACCAUGAGGAAGAGUUAUGUUGGUUAAGGCAUCAGCAUGUCACAUCUUCCCCGUUUGUUCUUUAACCCUUAUCCCUGUAAAGUGCCUUGAAAUAUUGUACGAUGUGACUUGGCAAGUAAAAGUAGAAUGUAAGUAAAUUUGUAUUAAAUUAUGCCAAUAACAAGGUCUUCUGGGGUAAUCUGAACUAAUUAGCCAGUAAUAGCAGGGGAAAUAAAACCGUACAAUCACUAA